CCGACAUGUAACACCAAAAUUUCCUUGUCUUCUUCUCUCUUCCAAACUUCCUACUACACAACCUUCUCUUCCUUUCUCUCUAUACAAUCCUCCACUUCACGCAUAGUUCCUUUCAUAUUUAUUCAAAGUCUCUCUCACUCUAUCAAUUCACUCACCGACCCCUUCUUCUCUUCACAACAAUCUUUCCUUUGAUCUCCUUUUUCUUCACUCAUACUCUUAUAGUGUUGACCCAGUUUUGAUUUUCAUGAGCUUUGUUUGAUUUUCUUUGUAAAAAUGAAAAAAGAAUAGAUUUUUUAAUCUGGGUCUUGUUGAUUUUUUGUUGGAAAAUGUUUGGGACUUCCCUGUAUUUUAAUGGUGUUCGUGGUGAUGAUCGGUUUUAUAUUCCGGUGAAAGCAAGGAAGAAUCAGAAUCAGAAUCAAAAUCAGCGUAAGAAAACUCAGAGAGAUAAGUGUGGUGGAAGUAAGAGUGAAGAUUCUGCUACAAAGAGUGAAGUUGUUGAUUCUUCUCAGAAUAGGAAUCUGAAUGAAGAUUCCUGCUCUUUGGACAAACCAUCUUCUUGUUCUUCUGUUGAGUCUGCAAGUAACAUUGAUAGAUUCUUGGAGUCAACAACACCUCUAGUUCCAGCUCAGUUUUUCUCUAAGACAACAAUGAGAGAUUGGAAGACUUGUGAUGUAGAGUAUCGGUCAUACUUCGCCUUGAAUGAUCUCUGGGAAUCUUUCAAGGAAUGGAGUGCCUAUGGAGCAGGAGUUCCUUUGUUACUUGAUCAAAGAGAAUCUGUUGUACAAUAUUAUGUUCCUUAUUUGUCGGCUAUUCAACUAUAUGGUCAAUCAGCUAAGAACUCGAUUUCUAAGCCAAGAUGCAUUGGUGAAGAUAGUGACAGUGAUUACUACAGAGAUUCAAGUAGCGACGGAAGCAGUGAUAGUGAGUUUGGAAAAAGGACUAAACAUUCUAUAACACAAAGAAGUAAUCAAUAUCAAACAGGUGAUGCUUCUUUACGAAUGAGCAGACUAUCUGUACAAGAGGGAUUUUCUAGCGAUGAAAGUGAAACUGAGAAUCCUCAAGAUCUUCUUUUCGAGUAUUUUGAUCAAGAACCUCCCUAUGGCCGUGUGCCAUUGGCUGACAAGAUACUAGAUCUUGCGCGCCACUAUCCUUGCCUCAAGUCGUUGAGAAGUUGUGAUUUAUUGCCAGCCAGUUGGUUGUCUGUGGCAUGGUACCCUAUAUAUCGAAUACCGUCGGGUCAAACAUUGAAAGAUUUAGAUGCUUGUUUUCUUACUUAUCAUACACUCCAUACACCGUUGACAGGAAAUGGUGGUACUCAUGCUCCGGUAUUGCUUUAUCCCAAUGACAUAGAUGGUGUAGCAAAUAUAUCGUUACCAACUUUCGCAAUGGCGUCUUAUAAGUUAAAGGGUUCUAUUUGGAUGAAAAAUGGAGUUAGUGAUAAUCAGUUAGCGAAUUCGCUCUUGCAGGCUGCAGAUAACUGGUUAAGGCAGGUUCAAGUGAAUCACCCGGAUUAUAAGUUCUUUGUGUCGCAUGGCACAUACCAUAAGUGAACCAAAUGACACGACUUAUACCAUUACAUUUUCAUGGCUAAAUCCUAAAGCUGUUAGCCUUAAGUUUAUAUGUUCGUUGCUCGACACAAACUUGGUAUAAUCUGCCGAUCUAUAGAGAUUAUUACGGUGUUGCGACUGCUAAUGUGGGUUUGUGUUACACCUCUAAGUAGCACAAAAUAUGAGGUGAUCUCAAUUGAAGAAUGAAAUGGAGAUUGUUGCUAGAGUGAAAAUAAUAAUUAGAAGUGAAAAAGAAGAGAGUUUUGUAGGUAGAUAACAAGUGUCACAUAAGUGGAAUGGAAAAGGUCCCAAUGGAAAGGGAGAAAGAGCUAGAUAAACGGCAAAGAUGGCUAAGGCUAUAGCUUCCCAUGGAAUAUAGGUGGAAUACAAUCCAAGCCUUUUUUUUUUUCUGUUCAAUAAUGGCUGAGUUUUUCAGACUUGAAUAUUUACUGUAGUUAUGUUGUGAUUUAGAAAGGAUGAGUGAAAUAUGUAAAUUUUUUGUGCAGGACAAGGUACAAGUUUGGUUCUAUAUAAAUAAAUGUAUGUAUGAUAAACAACUUGUUACAAUGGUGUGGUGAAAUAAAGAGAGAAAAUAAGAAGGUAGUUUGUAAUA